AAUUUGGCGGGCAAAUUAAUUUUUAAGAAACUCGUUAAUUUCGGCGGCAUUAUCUUUUUUAAUUGGUUGUUUGUUUCUUGUGAACAGCGUUUUGUUGGGACUCAGAGUAACUGUAACUAUGGAUGAUAGAGAUGGAGAACCUUAUCAUAGGCGAGAAGGAGUUGAGUCAGCAAAAGGCCUUGCCUACUAUUUGUCAAGGCUUCAGAAAAAUUAUAUCUUUUCACAGUUUGCGUUUUCUUUGAAAGGCUUUGUUGAGACAGUUGAUUCAAACCAUCAGAAAGGGUUGGACUUUUCUGGGCUUCUUGGAGAGGAUGGAGAGAAAUACAACAGUACAAUUGAGAAUGAAGGUAUAAGGCAAAGAUUUCUUGAGGUAUACGAUAGGUUUUUUUCGGAGUUUCAAAGGAACAGGGGUAUACAAGAAAAACAAUUUACUAGUUUCGACCGGCAGGAUAUAACAGAGUGUAUGGAAAAUAGAUAUCAAGAAGGUUCGAACUUCUGCCCCAGUUGCCAUAAGGCAUUCCGUACAACACUGGGUCUAGUAAUUCAUCAAAGAUCUUGUCAAGAUCUUUCCAAAGAAGCUUUAGACGGCCCAAAAGAAGGCUUUCCCCAAGGCAAAGUCACCUGCAGUGUAUGCGGUGCGGUUUGUAAAACUCCAUUUGGAUUGCAUGUUCAUCAGAAGAAGUGUAAGAGACUUUCGGAUACAACGGGUUCAGAAGAAUCUUUUCUUUCAGACACUGGAAAGGCAAAAGAAGACAGCAGUGUACAAAGGCAAAAGAUAUUUCACUGUAGAGCCUGUAAGGAACCCGUCGGUAGAGAUGUUACGGAACUAAAGAGACAUCAGUCAUCUUGCGCUAAAGGGCGAACGGAGUUUAGUCAGAAUUCAACUUCUGAGUUGCAGAAUAUUGAUGAAGAUCACAUUGCUCGCCAAGAAUCUUCAAAGAAUAAUGACACUGAAUGCAACACUAUAGCAGAUGUUCAAAACACUGGAUAUGCAGAUUCAGACUAUCACAAUUGUGAAUAUUGUGGUUUGCUUUGUAGGACACUUCUUGGUUUGAGUGUUCAUCAAAGAAAAUGUGAGGAAAGACGUCGAAAGCUGACUGAACUGUAUGGUUCAGAAGCUUUAAAUCAAGUUCACACUUGCGAAAGUUGUGGAAGACAAUGUGUUUCAUUAUAUGGUCUGCGCAUUCAUCAAAGAAAAUGUUUCAGACGUAGCUCAAACACUGAUCCUGAGAGCCAAGAACGUACUGCGAAACGGCCUCGAUCCAGUCAUAGAUCAGAAAGAUCGCGUCGAUCAUCUGCAGUAAUUAAAAACUCUAAAGAUGUUUCGACAAACCAGUGGCAACUAUCUUGUGCGUUGUGUCCUUCCUUUACUGCGUCGACUGGAGUUCUGGAUGAUUUUGUUGGUCCUUUUAUGAGUAAAAUUGGAAGAUCUGCAAAGUCCUUUAUUCAUGUUCACGUAGAAUGUGCCUUGUGGGCUCCGGAAGUUUAUCAGGAUAGGGUUACCAAGGAAUUAUGUCAAGUAUAUGAUGCUUAUCGUCGUUCACGUAAGAAGAUAUGUCAUUAUUGUGGUGAAUUAGGAGCUUCAGUGCCUUGUCUUCAUAAGGGAUGCAAAAAAUCGUACCAUUAUUGUUGUUUAACAAAAGCAAAUUGUUUUCUAGAUAGCUCAAAAUUUGAAUCUUUCUGCACCCACCACGCUCCUAGAAAUGAGAAUAUGUUGAGCAGCAUCGGACGAGAAAAUGUCAGUUUUUUUAACAAUGCACAACAGGAAGUUUUUUCCUCGACGUUAAAGUCGCAUGUGACGGUUGAACGGAAAGAAGUAUGUGAAGUUAUUUUUUGGAGAAAAUUCAAGGUAAUUUCUCAACUGGUGUAUUCUGAGAAAUUGCCUCUUCAGUUUGUUUUGCCAUGGAAAGAACAAUGCUGUCUCAACCUAAAAGACGUGGUCAUUGGGGAUUCACACGUACUUGUACUUUCGUGGACCCAAUUUAAGGAACAUGUCCACUCUAGUCCCCUUUUGUCUGGAAAUGAAAGCUUCUUUCUACGCAGGAAUUUGCGAAAGUAUACGAGAAAGGCCAGUUCUAUCGGGCAUCUGAAAACACUUUCUGCUUCGCAGAACAAUCUACUUUGCGAAGUGGACUUAUUUGAAAGGAGGAAAGCAGCCAUUUAUGGUGUAUUACGAAGGCGACGCAAAUGUACAAAGUUGCGACGCUUUUGUUGGACCAUAAAAGAUGAUACCUCGCGUGAAUAUUCAUUUGGCGACUCUGAGAAAGGUGGAGAAUCCAGGUAUAAUCUUCAUUCUUACCGAGAAAAUGGUAUGGUCGAACAAGUUGGAAAUAGCGAACCUACACAAAAGUCAUUGUCAAAGGAGGACCGUCUACAUUUGAAGUUAGACUCUCGAAAGAUGGAAAGAAGUUGUCGGGCUAGUGUGUUAGAGUCAAACGAUCGAAAUGGAAAGAAAUCUUCCUUGAAAACUCGAAAAAAUGACAGCAAUAUUGGAUUGUUUGGAGGAAAAGAACAUCUUCGUGGCAUCUUUACGGAUUCCGUUCAUAAUGAGAAACGGACCAGAAGAGUAGACGCUAAGAUGGUUGUUCCCUUGUCGACAACGUUAUCCUUUUCCAAGUCGCUUGGUGGUAAUGCUAAAAGUGAUAAGGAGAAUGAACAAUUGGAAAGGAAUGGGAAGAGUCUGCGUUUGGACGAUAUCUUUUCUGUUGACUUGGAUGAAUCUGUCGUAGAUCAAGUUUGCGCCCCUCCUAGUGAGGUUUGAGUCAAAUUUUUAAGAUACUUUACAAGUUUUAUGUUAUUCCGUUUGUGAUAGAUAAAAUAAGUUUAAAAAGA